AUGACUGGGGUGUACUUUGGGGAGCAGGAACAAAGACUGGUGAUCAGACUGACCCAGCGCAUUCACACUGGAGAGAAACCGUAUCAGUGCUCACAGUGUGGAAAGAGUUUUAAUACAAAGAGUGAGCUUAAAAUACACCAGCGCAUUCACAGUGGAGAGAAACCAUAUCAGUGCUCACAGUGUGGAAAGAGUUUUAAUGGACAGAGUUAUCUGAAAAGACACCAGCGCAUUCACACUGGAGUGACACUGUAUCAGUGCUCACAGUGUGGAAAGAGUUUUAAUACAAAGAGUGAGCUUAAAAUACACCAGCGCAUUCACACUGGAGUGAAACUGUAUCAGUGCUCACAGUGUGGAAAGAGUUUUAAUGGACAGAGUGAUCUGAAAAAACACCAGCGCAUUCACACUGGAGAGAAACCGUAUCAGUGCUCACAGUGUGGAAAGAGUUUUAAUCAACAGAGUAAUCUUCAAAAACACCAGCGCAUUCACACUGGAGUGAAACCGUAUCAGUGCUCACAGUGUGGAAAGAGUUUUAAUCAACAGAGUAAUCUUCAAAAACACCAGCGCAUUCACACUGGAGUGAAACCGUAUCAGUGCUCACAGUGUGGAAAGAGUUUUAAUGGACAGAGUGAUCUGAAAAAACACCAGCGCAUUCACACUGGAGAGAAACCGUAUCAAUGCUCACAGUGUGGAAAGAGUUUUAAUAUACAGAGUAAUCUCAAAAAACACCAGCGCAUUCACACUGGAGAGAAACCGUAUCAGUGCUCACAGUGUGGGAAGAGUUUUAAUCAACAGAAUGCUUUCAAAAGACACCAGCACAUUCACACUGGAGAGAAACCGUAUCAGUGCUCACAGUGUGGGAAGAGUUUUAAUGUAAUGAGUGAGCUUAAAAUACACCAGCGCAUUCACAGUGGAGAAAAACCGUAUCAGUGCUCACUGUGUGGGAAGAGUUUUAAUAUAAUGAGUGAGCUUAAGAUACACCAGCACAUUCACAGUGGGGAGAAACCGUAUCAGUGCUUACAGUGUGGAAAGAGUUUUUAUACACAGAGCAAACUUAUCAUUCACCAGCGCAUUCACACUGGAGAGAAACCGUAUCAGUGCUCACAGUGUGUGAAGAGUUUUAAUCAACAGAGUCAUCUGAAAUCACACCAGCGCAUUCACACUGGAGAGAAACCAUAUCAGUGCUCACAGUGUGGGAAGAGUUUUAAUCAACAGAGUGCUCUCAAAACACACAAGCGCAUUCACACUGGAGAGAAACAGUAUCAGUGCUCACAGUGUGGAAAGAGUUUUAAUAUACAGAGUAGUCUCAAAAAACACCAGCGCAUUCACACUGGAGAGAAAUCGUAUCAGUGCUCACAGUGUGGACAGAGUUUUAAUCAACAGAGUGCUCUCAAAACACACCAGCGCAUUCACACUGGAGAGAAACAGUAUCAGUGCUCACAGUGUGGAAAGAGUUUUAAUAUACAGAGUAGUCUCAAAAAACACCAGCGCAUUCACAUUUUACAGAGUGGGUCUGAUGAAGACAUUAAAAAUCUUAUCCGGUGGAGAGUGGCCAACCAGGCCCUCUUCACUGGAAAACGGAAUGCAGCGGUUCGAGGGUUUGAAGGCUUUGUGUUGGAGAACCAAAUGCAGGGGAAGGUGACUCCCACUUAUGUAGAGAAAAAGUGGGAGAACCUCAAACAAAAAUACAAAGAACUUAAGUGUCCACCUCCUGGGGUAAGUACAGAGGGUGGUGAAGCAACAGCAGCAUCCUGGAAAUGCUAUGCGGAUAUGGAUGAGGCAAUAGGUGGGAGACCAUCAAUUAGCCCACCGACCCUUAUUUCCUCAUCUGGCCAGGAUGCUGCUGAAGCUUCACCAUCCUCGAGAAGCAUGGAAACCCCAGCCAAAAAGAGACGAGGGGAGAAAGAUUUAGUUGCGUAUCUGAGGGAGAUGGAAGAAAGGGAAAAUGAGAGGGAGAGAAGAUGGAGAGAGGCUGAGGAGAGGGAGGAAAGAAGAGAAAGGGAAAGAAUAGAACAAGAGGAGAAGAGAGAGCAAGAGUGUGCUGUGCUGUGGUGCUGA